AGAGACUGGUUCCCCAUUUCCGCCAUUUUGUGCUAGAAUGAAAUUUUAAACAUUUUACUUAUCGCUUUGAAGUUGAGAAAGAAUGCCUGAUUACUGUCUGAUCGCUGGCAUAGGAUGUGCAGCAUUUUCCGGUCUCUUCUACGCUAUAUGCAAAAAUAAGAGUGAUUUGGUGAGAAGCAUUCAGAGUGCUGCUCAGGUAGAAUUUGGUCCAGAGUUGACUAGGUCCUUGGAGGCCUCUGCUGAUAAUACCUUACCUUAUGUUGCUAUUAUUGGUGAGGCAAAGCCCAAAAGGCCACUUGAUAUCUUAACCAGUGAAAAUGUACCUGAUUUACAAAGUCUUGUGAAAAAGGUUCAGGUUUAUGAGCUAAAAAGUGAAUGGUGUGAUUCAACUAGACGAUGGGAUGAUGUCAAGCAGUUGCUGAAUUCAGUGGUCCAAUCUGUGCCAUUCAAACUGUGUUCAGGUGAAGGAUCUGCAUUGGUCUCUGAACCGCUUUCAGCAAAGUAUUUUGAUCUGCAAAACGUUUUUGACAAGUUUGAACCUGUUGCCCAUAGUACCGCUCAAAGCAUAUUCCAUUGGGCAGCAGGAGAAAAGACAAAGGGCUUUCAGACUGUUGAAGAAGUGCUUCCUGUAGGAACAACACUUCUUGGUAUUGGAAAGCUAUCUUUAACAAAAGAUGGGAUGGUUUUGAGUCCUCCUACUGAUGGCAAACCGUAUUUCCUCUCAACAUUGAGCAUGGAGGGCUUAUUACGUAAUGUUCAGUCAAAUAAAGGACUAUGGAAGGCAUUGAGUGUAUUGUUGGCCUGUGGUAGCGGURUAUUAUUUUGCGUUGCUCUUUACAAGUACUACAAGAAGCGAAGGAUGGAGGCUGAAAAUGAACAGUUUUUAARAAGCUUGAAUGAGGAGGGAGUGGGAGGUACUGAGAAUGUCAUUGGAGAACCCUGUGUUAUUUGCCUGGAAAAGCCAAGAGAUGUUGUGAUUCUCGAAUGUGGACAUAUAUGUAUUUGCCGUAUUUGUGCKGCGCAGAUCAGUGAAUGUCCUGUUUGUAGGGGAAAUAUUUCACGCUUAGUGUCAACUUAUAGGAGUUGAUACCGCCGAAUUGACUAAAUCAUGCUUUAAUGCUCAAAGCUAAAAAUAUUGAAGGACAAAAGAGACUUUUUCAUUUUUCAAAUUGUUAUGUUUGUACAAAGGUGUUUCUUGCAAAGAUGCCUGCGAAAUAAAAGGUUAGGCAAGGUA